GUGGCUGUGACACGAGAGAAGGGGCAUUUCGAAGUAUCAUAUUCAAAUCAGUCUCCGGCGAGGGACGGAAGAAGUGAACAGUUUGAACAAAUGGAGGAAGAUAGCAAUGAACAGAUGAAACCACUCUUAACCACAGGCAAUGAUGAGGAAGCUGUUGUUGAUCAGGGAAAAACCAGCUCUACCAUCCACACAAACUUUGAAAAAGAGGAGCUUGAAAGUCACAGGGCAGUUUAUGUGGGUGUACAUGUACCUUUAGGAAGACAAAGCAGACGUAGACAUCGCCAUCGUGGUCACAAACACCAUCGGAAAAGGAAGGAUAGAGGGUCUGAGCGAGAGGACGGGAGAGAAUCACCAGCAUACGACACUCCCUCACAGAGGGUCCAGUUUAUCCUCGGCACAGAGGAUGAUGAUGAGGAGCACAUUCCUCAUGACCUCUUCACUGAGCUCGACGAGCUGUCCUUCCGUGACGGAAAUGCUUACGAGUGGAAAGAGACAGCCAGGUGGUUGAAAUUUGAGGAGGAUGUAGAAGAUGGAGGAGAUCGCUGGAGUAAGCCUUAUGUCGCCACACUUUCCCUGCACAGCCUGUUUGAGCUACGGAGCUGCAUUCUCAAUGGCACUGUCAUGCUGGACAUGAGAGCAAGCACCAUUGAGGAGAUAGCAGACAUGGUAUUGGACAACAUGGUGGCGUCCGAGCAGCUGGAUGAGAGUUUGAGGGAGAAGGUGCGGGAAGCCAUGAUGAAGAGACAUCACCACCAGAAUGAGAAGAAGCUCAGCAAUCGCAUCCCGCUCGUACGCUCCUUCGCCGACAUAGGCAAGAAACAUUCAGACCCGCACUUGCUUGAGAGGAAUGGGGAGGGUCUCUCUGCCUCCCGUCUGUCCCUCCUUAGACGUACCUACUCCACCUCCACACCCCCCAGCUCGCGCCGUCCCUCCAGAGACUCCCACGGUUCCCGUUCCUCCAUCAUUUUCAACCAGCUUCUGCCCAGCGCCAACUCCACCCCUUCUGCCACCCCUCAAAACACCCCCCCUACCGCCCAUCGCGCUUCAUCAUCUCUCAGCUCCCCAGGACCCUCUCAGCAGGGGCCCGAGCUGCUGGUGGCGCGGGGAGAUAGAGAGGACAUUCCAGAGGUUGUGGUGUUCCCGCCCGAGGAGGAGGAGGAACCGCAGUCACGGUCUUUCGCCACUCGGGAUGAGAAGGUGGUUCAUGACCCCAACAGGCUGGCUCAGCUGUUGCUCCUACCGCAGUCAGGUCUCCUUGCAUCCCCCCAGUCAGCCCCGGGGAACCUGGAGAACAGUAAGGCCAGUGAAAGCCGUAUGAAUGGCGCUGGUGGCAGCCGGGAAAACAGCACUGUGGACUUUAGCAAGGUGGACAUGAAUUUCAUGAAGAAAAUUCCUCCAGGCGCCGAGGCCUCGAAUGUUUUGGUGGGGGAAGUUGAUUUCCUCGAGCGUCCAAUCAUUGCCUUCAUCCGUCUCUCACCUGCUGUUCUUCUCACCGGACUGACCGAAGUUCCUGUUCCAACAAGGUUUCUCUUCUUGCUGUUGGGACCUUUUGGUAAAGGGGGCCAAUACCAUGAGAUUGGCAGGUCUAUAGCUACUUUAAUGACAGAUGAGAUCUUUCAUGAUGUAGCGUACAAAGCCAAAGACAGGAAUGACCUUCUGUCUGGCAUAGAUGAGUUCUUGGACCAGGUGACAGUGCUGCCCCCAGGAGAAUGGGACCCCACGAUACGAAUCGAGCCGCCUAAGAGCGUCCCGUCACAGGAGAAGAGAAAGAUGCCUUCCAUGCCUAAUGGUUCUGCUCCAUUAUCAGAAAUUAUCAAUGAAGAGGAACACCACACUGGACCUGAACUCAAGAGGACAGGACGGAUAUUCGGGGGUCUGGUGCUAGAUGUGAGGCGGAAAGCUCCGUUUUACUGGAGAGAUGUGAAGGACGCUAUCAGCCUGCAGUGUUUAGCUUCCAUCCUUUUCCUCUAUUGCGCCUGCAUGUCCCCCGUCAUCACCUUCGGAGGCCUUCUGGGGGAAGCCACCAAAAACAACAUAAGUGCCAUUGAGUCUCUGUUUGGAGCUUCACUGACCGGUGUGGCCUUCUCUCUGUUUUCUGGUCAGCCUCUCACUAUCCUGGGCAGCACUGGGCCUGUUCUAGUUUUUGAGAAAAUUCUUUUUAAGUUCUGCAGUGACUACAAUCUGUGCUACCUCCCUCUGCGCACUAGCAUUGGCCUGUGGACGGCCUUCUUGUGCCUUGUGUUGGUUGCCACAGACGCCAGCUCUCUGGUGUGCUAUAUAACAAGAUUCACAGAGGAAGCCUUCGCUGCUCUCAUCUGCAUCAUUUUCAUCUAUGAGGCCUUGGAGAAACUCUUCCAACUGGGGGAGAUGUACCCUAUCAACAUGCAUGACAAUUUGGACAACCUCACAUUUUACACAUGUCAGUGUUCACCUCCAGCCAAUACCACAGAGGAGAUGGUACAGGCAUGGAAUCAGUCAGGGUUUACUCCUGAGACCAUUAACUGGAGUGAGCUUAAUGUGACAGCUUGCAAGUUACUCCAUGGCGAGUUUGUGGGUCCUGCUUGUGGAUAUAAUGGCCCGUACAUCCCUGAUGUAUUAUUCUGGUCAGUCAUUCUCUUCUUCACCACUUUCUUCCUGUCAUCCUUCCUCAAGCAGUUCAAGACCAAGCGAUAUUUCCCCACUAAGGUCCGCUCUUCCAUCAGUGACUUUGCCGUUUUUCUAACCAUCAUGAUUAUGGCCUUGGUUGAUUACUUGGUGGGCAUCCCUUCUCCUAAACUACAUGUCCCAGAUAGAUUUGAGCCCACCUCUAAGAGUCGUGGCUGGCUGAUCUCACCCCUGGGUGAUAACCCCUCAUGGACGUUGAUAGCAGCAGCCGUCCCUGCGCUCCUGUGCACCAUCCUCAUCUUCAUGGAUCAGCAGAUCACCGCUGUCAUCAUCAACCGUAAAGAGCACAAGCUCAAGAAAGGCUGUGGGUAUCAUCUUGACCUUUUGGUGGUGGCCGUGAUGCUCGGCGUGUGUUCUGUGAUGGGCUUGCCCUGGUUCGUCGCUGCCACUGUCCUCUCCAUCUCUCACGUCAACAGCCUGAAAGUGGAGUCGGAGUGUUCGGCCCCGGGAGAGCAGCCCAAGUUCCUGGGUAUCCGUGAGCAGAGGGUUACCGGGUUCAUGAUCUUUGUCCUUAUGGGUCUCUCUGUCUUCAUGACAUCUAUUCUAAAGUUUAUACCAAUGCCUGUGUUGUAUGGAGUGUUCCUCUACAUGGGUGUGUCCUCACUCAAAGGCAUACAGUUCUUUGACCGUAUUAAGCUGUUCGGGAUGCCUGCAAAGCACCAGCCUGACCUGAUCUACCUGAGAUACGUGCCGCUGUGGAAGGUUCACAUAUUCACAAUAGUUCAGCUCACCUGCCUUGUGCUGCUGUGGGUCAUCAAAGCAACCGCAGCCGCGGUGGUCUUCCCUAUGAUGGUUCUUGCUCUGGUAUUUGUGCGGAAGCUUCUAGAUUUCUGCUUUACGAAGAGGGAGCUUAGCUGGUUGGAUGACAUAAUGCCAGAAAGCAAGAAGAAAAAGGAAGAUGACAAAAAGAAAAAAGCAAAAGAGGAAGCACAGCGCAUGCUGGAGGCAGGAAGAAUAGAGAUCCCCUUUGAUGGUAGUGGUCACCUGGGAAUCCCCGUGAAGGCCCUUAAAGUCAGCAUUGACCCCUCUGUGGUUAACAUAUCUGAUGAGAUGGCCAAAACCGCUGUGUGGAAAGCUGUUACCAUGAGCUCUGACAGUGCCAAAGUAUUGAAACAUAGUGCCAGUGAAGAGAAGACCGCUAGCAUUCGGAUCAAUUUGGAAGAUGAGCAGGAUAAAUGUGUGGAUGCAGAGACGUCGAUAUGAGAGAGCUCACUGUGGACCCUGCAGGGCCCUUCCCAGAAUCCUCUAGUUUGUAACAGUGUUGCUCUGUUCUGUGAGCCCUGCCAACCUGCCUAAGCCAAGCCAAAGUUAGACGUGCCCGAUAGAGGGCUGAGACACGAGUUCCAGAUAUAUUUAUCUAAGUUUCUAUUUUUAACCACACCAACAAGCCCUUUUUUUAUUUUGUAUGAUUUGUUUUUAAUAUGAAUAAAGCACCAGUUUUUCAGACAUAGGGUAUGUUAUGAAGAACCCACGCCUUUGAUUAAGAUUUUAUUUGAUUAUUUAAUUUUUCUUUUAGAAUUAGUUUUACACGCAGUUUUUCAUGGUACCACGAUUUUCAAGUCAUCGCUUUAAGAUGAUUUUCUUUUCAGCACAUUAAAAUGCCGUUUCUUGCAGAGUUCUGCCUUUUAAACGAAGCAAACGCACAUAUGAGAAAAUGUCUCACUGAGACCAAAGGUAGUGACAUUCAGCUGCAUGACUGACCUUCCAAACUGGAAGAAAAAAAACAAAAACGUGCAAAGCGAACACUUUAACAUGCCACAUGAAGGACAUAAUAAACCUGAAUACAGAAUAAAUUAUUAUACUUUAAUUGUAAAAAUGUCAUUCCCAACGACGGUCUGACGGAAUGCUUGAUGAUUUAUGUACACAUGCUAUAUUAAAACGGAGCAGUCGAUAGCACAGAAUGAGAAUAAACUAAACAAACCGGUCAGGACGAUUAAAACUAGGGCGAUGUAAAUUGUUCUAGAUUGUGUUUUAGAGCUAAUCAAUAUAAGUUUUGCCCCCAUGUUUACAUUGUUUCUUUUUUAGUGUUAUGAAAUAGAAUUUUGUAUUGUUAGUACUUUUGAUUUGUACAAUGUGUUAAUCAACUAAUUUAUUAACGGUCAUUUAAUGGUCAAGUAUGCGGAGGCGAUGUAUGGGGCAGAAGGAUUGCUGCAGUGUUGUUGGCCUGUCAUUUGUUUCCUCUUCUGUUAGCGCUGUUAAUGUGCACUUUAGGUAGGCUUGCCAUCACCACAACAACUUAUUUAAUCUAGAGCAGUCUCAGGAAACUUCUUUUUUGCACUCUCUCCCCACACUACUUCAUCUCCUCAGUGCUUCAAGAUCACACGUCCUCCUUUUAUGCUUUUUAUUUGAUGAGAAAUGUCUUUGAAUUUGAACACUGGACAACAGCCUCUGCCCCCAACUCUAUUUUCUCCACGCUGAAAACAUUUUUAAAAGCAACCCUUUUUUGCAAUAUUUAUGAUACUCCAACAUGUUGUUAUGUAUUCUUUCAAGUUGCCAAGUGUAGUUGAUUUGAAAUGAGUAGUUUACUUGCCGUAGUGAACUAGUUGACUGUCCUCAUGCUUGCACGGCACUUCAUAAAUCCCACAAUGAAAAUGAAAUACCUCGGACUACUACAUGUGAAGGCUCUCUAUGAAUUAAAAAAAGAAGAAAUCAGUAGGUUGUACACUUUUACUCUUGCAGCAAGUUACUUGCUGAAGUCGAUCAGUUAAUGUUGGAGUCUGUGAGUGGGAGAGUAAUAUUGAAUACCUGGAGGAUUGUUUGCUGUCUUACACCAUUAGUGUCUUUCUGUAUAAGCCUCACAGUUGGACUCUGAACAAGUAUUGCUGCCGUGGUGUUCUGAGCUUCUGUCUGCAUAAUGAACGUGUACUAUUUCAGGUUCAGACAGAUGUUUCCCGUGUGGCCAAAUCAAGGUUUAAGUAGGCGAUACUUUGCAUUUGGACAAUAUACAAACAAUGGAAUAGAGUUGUCUUUUGUAAUGUUGAAGUUGUUUAUUAAAGCAAUAAUGGUUUCUGUUGUCUUUUAA